AUGAAUCAAAGUGCGCUCGUCGUCAAAGGGCUCGACGUGUGGUACAACUCGGGCGUCUUGCGCGGCAUCCAGGUCACGUUUUCCGACGACUCGCGCACCAGUGUCUUCGGACAGCCGAGCGACUCGCAUGCCAGCAUCACCUUUGUUCCCGGAGAGCGCAUCACCGAGCUGACUCUCUGGGGUAAUGGCGUUGGUACGCGUACCGGCCGGAUCCGUCUCACUACCAGCGCGGGCCAGACGUUUGACGUUGGCAAGAACACCAAUGGCCAGACGGCGUACCCUGCUGGACUCGGCUCCGGUAUUCUCGUUGGGUUCGUUGGACGCUGCGGCUUGGAGAUCGAUAUGCUCGGGCCCGUCUUCCUUAAUGGCUCGGUCCAGUCCAUCUCGAUCUCCAACGUAGUCUACAACCCUCCCCUCACAGGGAGCAACACCGGCAUCUCCCGGCAGGACCUCGACAGCAUACACUACUACAACCCGCCCAACGCGAAGGCGAGCCUCCCGUGGACGUUCAGUAACGAGGUGAAGCGCACCGAGACGACCACGUUCACCCAGUCGACCACGACCACGUACGGAUUCUCUGUUAACGCCGAGGUUUCCGCCGAACUGUUCGGAGUUGGUGGUAAAUUCGGAGAUGGAUAUUCGUGGCAGAACACCAGUACGCAGGAGACGAGCACAUCGACGUCGUUCGAGAAGAGCGUCGGCUGGGGGAUUUCGGGCGAGCUCCAGCCGGGCGAGGGCAUUACGGCGAGCUCGUUCUGCCAGCAGGGCGUGGGCCAUGCGAACUACAUCGCGACCGUCACACUCCGGCUUUCGGACGGCACUGUGAGCACGUACCAGGAGCCCGGUCAGUUCAACACGGUGGUGUACACCGAGGCCACCCACUUGCAGGCUUGGAAGGGUGAACCGCCGAACCCACCGACGACGAACUCGCCGGUGAAGGGGCCGGAGGGGUAG